CAAUCAAGGUUAGAAUGGGUCCAGGGCUGAAGCUGUACCAUUAGCCCCAGCUCAGAGUGACGGUCCUCAGGUAUUUCCUCCUAAGAGAGCCAGGGUUGGAGUGGACCCAGAGGAGUGUUGGAGCUGCAAGUCAGAGCGGUGUAUUUCAGGACAGACAGGGGAAAAAACCAUCCAGGGCUUUAUUACAUCUACAACAAAGGAGGGUGGAUGAAGGGAGGUGUUGCCCUUCUUUGACCACUGUGUGUUCCAGGCAAGCUAUCCAGGGCUACAGUGGAUCUACAGCACCUGUUUCCUGUACAUCCAGGACUGGCGGAGAGGAGAACUGGAUCUGCCUACACUAUAAUUGAUUGGAUUUACAUAACGCCUUUCCAGUGCACAAAGCGCUUUACAUGCCGCUGUAGGCUACACCAGGCAGCUCGUCCUUCUUCCCGAGGCAGCAGGACACCAGCGGUCAGAGUGCUGUAUAUCAGUGCAUCCAGAAGAAGAGUGGAUCCAGUGCCAUAUCUGAUCUAAAACCAAGGAAGAGCAUGGAGGUGUGGAUGAGACCGCUGUGUUCCUGGACUGCUGUGUUCCUAGACCGCUGUGCUUCUAGACCGCUGUGUUCCUAGAGCGCUGUGUUCCUAGACCGCUGUGUUCCUAGACCGCUGUGUUCCUAGACCGCUGUGUUCCUAGACCGCUGUGUUCCUAGACUGCUGUGUUCCUAGACUGCUGUGUUCCUAGACCGCUGUGCUUCUAGACCGCUGUGUUCCUAGACCGCUGUGUUCCUAGACCGCUGUGUUCCUAGACCGCUGUGUUCCACUGUAUUAGAAUCCUCUUGUCUGUCUGAGAGGAAGACGUUCAUCGGCCACCAUUAUGACGGAGUGGACGCUCCUCAAACGUCUCCUGGAUGCCGUCCACCAGCACUCCACCAUGAUUGGACGCCUCUGGCUCACCAUCAUGGUGAUCUUUCGCCUCCUCAUCAUUGCCGUGGCGACUGAGGAUGUGUACGCCGACGAGCAGGAGAUGUUUGUGUGCAACACCCUGCAGCCGGGCUGCGCCACAGUCUGCUAUGAUGCCUUCGCGCCCAUCUCACAGCCGCGCUUCUGGGUCUUCCACAUUAUCAGCGUCUCGACUCCGUCUCUCUGUUUUAUCAUAUAUACGUGGCAUAAUCUGUCGAAGCUGCCGCAGGGACACCGCGGGCAGGGCCAGGGGGUUAACCCAAGGGACUUGCCUCGAGACGGGGGAAAGGAUGGAGGUCGAGAGCCAUUCAACCGGAGCUGCGACUCGGAUAGCUGCUCCAUCCGUUCACACCGGCACUUAGGUCACAGCUUGGCCAAUGUCUUGGAGGGAAUCACUGCCCAGAGUCAGAGCCUCCUAAAGGGAGCUGCCACCACUACAGCCACCACAGCCACCACCGCCAUGUCUCUAACCCAGGCCAGGGCUCGCGUCUACAGGAAUAGCCACUACGAUGCACCGGGAGGUCCUGGAGGUGGAGGAGGAACCGGAGGCGUCCUCUCCAAGUACUACGUGUUCCAUGUGUGUUUUCGGGCGCUGCUGGAGGUGGGCUUUGUCAUGGCCCAGUGGUUUCUCUUUGGCUUCCGGGUGCCCGUCCACUUUUUGUGCAAGGCCCCACCCUGCACGCAGCCCGUGGACUGCUACGUGUCAAGGCCCACAGAGAAAACCAUCUUCCUCCUCUUCAUGUUCUGUGUGGGGCUCUUCUGCAUCCUCCUCAACCUUCUGGAGCUUAAUCAUCUAGGAUGGAAGAAGAUCAGACACUCAGUGAGGCUCAGGGAGGGAGGAUCAUGGGGGAAUUAUGGGGUAGAGAAAGUGGGGCAGGAAACCUUUGAGACUUUCGCUCCUGACAGCCCCUCACUGAUGUCGUCUCUCGGCCUUAGGGAUGUCACCAGUACGACGUUGGAUCUGGUAGUCGACCACCGGCCUGACUGGACCUGUGCUGGGAACUGUUCCCCAUUUAAUAAGGAGCCUGAUGCUGGUAUAGAGACAGGGCUGCAGCUUCCCAACAACCAGGAGCUCCAGAGAGGAGAGACACAGCUUCUGAAGAGCAAGAGGGAGGGCUGGAAAUCCAAGCUGCGCAGUACGGAGGUCUGGAUAUGAAUGAAAGAACUGAAACGCUGUAUAGUGCUUUGGCAUUAUUCCAUGACAGCUACUAGGGAAGAACUUAUGUUACAGAACGCUGUAUUUGCAAGUCCAUACAGAUGUACUGUGGUACUCAUCACUGGUAAUGUUGUUUCCCAAGAAGAUAGAGAAAAUACAACAAACAGAGUACCUGAGUGUCUGAGGUGUGGAUUUGAGUGAACAUUUUACCAAGCUUCCCUCAGCACUGUGCUGUUUACAACUGUGGUUCUCAAGCAUUUAUGACGCACAAAAACCUUUAGGAAUAGUGACACAUUUUGACUGACUCCAAAUUUUGGACUAAAGCUAGAAUAGAACAAGUCGUUCCAGCCACAACCCAAAAGAUUUUAGCCCUCACCUGCCAUUUGGGAAUCACUGGUCUAUAGACAUUAUAUACUUGGUGAGUCUUAAAACCUGAAAUCCACUAAAAGGAUGAAAAUGUACAUUUUCCACCAAUGUUGUAAUGUACCAAGGUCAGUUCUAUGCGUGUCAAUUGUCCUAUAUGUGGAAAAUGUUACUUCGUAGCAGGGCUCUG